UAUUACCUUUAGACUUGCUCUGAGUUAAUAUGAAUCAUCUUAUGAAAAUUUGUGCUAAGCACAGCAGAGGUAAGUGCUAUAAUGUAUCGGCAUUCGAGUCUUAAGUGUUGCGUGAUUAACACAUACUUUCAGCUACAGAAAGAAUUAAAAAACUUUUUGCUGUGUUACUUGGAAUAUGGAGAGAGAUCAGUUUAUUAGAUUAUUGACUGCAUUGCUGAUAAUUAUGCUAGUUUUAUUUAGUCCGCUGCUACUAAUAUUCAUAAUUUUAUCAAAAAUCUGGGAAUGUAUCAUUUGCAAACCCACUAAGAGCAUCGCAAAUGAGGUGGCUGUGGUGACCGGGGCUGCAGGUGGAUUAGGUCGGGCUAUAGCACUGGAACUUGCCAAACGCGGUUGUCAUAUAGCCGUGGUGGAUGUUAACAUAGAAGGCGCUGAAGAAACUGUUAGACAAAUUCACGAGAUAUCCAGAGUAAAAGCUAUAGCUUAUAAGGUAAAUGUUACGAGUUUUGCUGAAAUAACUGAUCUUCAGAAAAGUGUUGAGCUUGAUCUUGGUUCGGUUACUAUUCUCAUCAACAAUGCGGGUAUUCUGUUGCACAGUAAACCUUUGGAUCCCGCUCCAGAAGAUGUGCAAAAGAUGAUCGAUGUCAAUUUGACAUCACACUUUUGGACGAAAUUUGCUUUUCUGCCCACAAUGAAGAAAUUGCGAAAGGGAAACAUUGUUACCAUCAGUUCUGUGGGAGGUCUAGUACCCUUGCCCUUUAAUACUGCUUACACUGCAUCGAAAUUUGGUGCCACCGGCCAUAUGAAGGCGUUGCGAAUGGAACUAGCUCUGGAAAAACAGCAUAACAUCCACGUCACCACGGUAAUGCCAUCGUUUCUGGACACUAACGAUGAGAUUUCUCAGAUGGUUCACGUAAUUAAGGCGAAUCGAGUGUAUCCCUUGAUUAAAGGGAAAGAGGCAGCUAAUCGCAUAGUUCGCGGAAUGCUCGCUGGGGAAAGGGAAAUAAAACUUCCCUAUUUUGUCGAUACCUUACAUCGCAUAUUGAACUUACUUCCUAUCAAAUGGCAGGAGGGACUGAUUCUCUUAACUACCUCAAAAAUAUUUCUUAAAUUUAAAAAAAACUUCGCGUAGUACAUAUAUUUGAAUGUUUGACUUCCAAAACUGUGCUUUUUUUUUGCUAGAAACACUAAUAAACUUAUUUGC